UCCCACCCUCCUUCAAAGCUUCCUGUCUUCUCGCCUUCCGCAUUGACGUCCGUUACCCCUCUUCCCUCCACAGGUUCUUUGCCAUUGUCAUCUGUCUCAAAUCAUAGUGCCAUGCGUAAGUGUAAAGUUUUCGUUGGUUCUUCCCAUCCUGAAUUGGGUAAAUUGGUCUGUUCACGCUUGGGUGUUGAACCUGCCCCAUGCACAUUAAAGAAGUUCUCCAACGGUGAAACUUCGGUUCAAAUCGGAGUCUCCAUUAGAGAUGAAGAUGUGUAUAUUAUUCAAUCUGGAUCUCCAGAAAUCAAUGAUCAUAUUAUGGAAUUAUUAAUUUUAAUUUCCGCUUGUCGUGGAGGAUCUGCUUCAAAGAUUACUGCCGUCAUCCCACAGUUUCCUUAUUCGAAGCAAUCUAAGAUGAAGAAACAUAGAGGUGCUAUCACUGCCAGAAUGUUGGCCAACUUGUUGAUCAUGGCUGGUGCCGAUCAUGUUGUUUCAAUGGACUUGCAUGCUUCCCAAAUGCAAGGUUUUUUCACUAAACCAGUGGAUAACUUGUUUGGUGCUCCAACUUUGGCCAGAUGGAUCCGUCAUAACAUUCCAGAUUGGGAAACCGCUGUCAUGGUGUCGAAAAACCCUGGUGGAACAAAGAGAGUCACUGCUUUGGCUGAUGCCUUAAAGAUUAACUUUGCCAUGAUUCAUACUGACCGUAGACGUACCCAAGACGGUUAUUGUGGAAACAAGAAGAAGAAGUCUUUGAAGCAAUCCAAACGUGAAAAGGAUGAAGAAGAUGAAGAAGAUAACAUUGUUUCUGAAAUGCAAACAGCUAGAAUUGUCCAAGGACAUGUUGUUGACGAUGAUUAUCCAACUUCUGGUCCUGCUACUGCCACCACUUCUUCAGGCAAGGAAUCCUCUCCUUCUUUGAACAAUGGUGAUGCUCUUGGUGGUUCCUUUGAUGCUGCCAACUCUGAUGAUGAAGAUGAACCAACCUCCAUUGCUCAAGAAAAAUUGAUUACUCUUGUUGGUGAUGUUAAGGAUAAGGUUGCCAUUAUACUAGAUGAUAUGAUUGACAAGCCAAACUCCUUCAUUGCUGCUGCUGAACACUUGAGACUCAACUGUGGUGCCAAGGCCGUUUACGUAGUUGGUACCCAUGGGAUCUUUAGUGAUGGCUGUUUGGAAUCCUUACAAGCUUCCUCUUGUAUUGAUAAGGUUGUUGUAACCAACACCUAUCCAAUCAGCAAGGAAAGCAUCUCCGCCCAUGAUAAGUUGGUGGUGAUUGAUGUGUCGCCAAUCUUUGCUGAAUGUAUCAGAAGAGACCAUUUCGGUGAAUCUAUUAGUGUUUUGUUUGAUAGCUUGGCCGCUAUUGAGUAAGCUCUGCAAAGAACACGAAAAGCAAAAUGAAAGAAAAGAAAAGAAAAACACAAGAUGACCACCC